AUGAUGAAUGGACAAUCAAUGUUUAAAGGAGCAUUUGGUUGGGAUGAUUGGCUUUGGUGGAUUGUUCUUGGUUCAGUGGCACUUCUCGUUCUUUUAUUAUUAGUCUGUUGUUGUGUUUGUAUGCAACGUGCUAAGCGUAAAGGACGUGAAGAAGCAUUGGCGUCCGUACAAAAUCAUCAGCGUCGUACACAAGCGCGGGAACUUGCUGAACACCAACGGUACCAACCGUCACAACAAACUAGUUAUCAACCACCAGUCACCGGUUACUCGCAACCGGUUACAACCGUCCCUUUGGCCCCACCACCACGCAAAAAUUUAGGACCACAAGUUGCGGCAAAUGGGUAUCGUGAGUCUCCAUCACAGCGACCAAAUGAGCAAUUUUCCAAACCGUACCCCCCUCUUCCGGCACAACAAAUGGAUCAGACACAUCGUAAUCCACCGGACCAUUUCUAUAACUCCAAUGUUAAAUACGCGCCAUCCACCAACUCAAGUUAUCCGGACAAUAUACGUUAUGACGAUAUAUACGCUAUGUCGGUCACAUCUCCAUCAUCGAAUAGAUUGACUGUGAAUAGAUCUCAUGGAAUGAAAGCAAGUUCGAGUCAAGUAUCAGAAGUUACUCUUGGAGCUAGAAAUGAUGCAGUCCCAAUGAAACCACGACCUUCUGGAGCUACAUUACAAGCACGAAUCGAUGCAUUGAGAUCAGCAGAUAAUCGAGAUAUGGUACACACUCGUAUAAGUUUUAACGAGUCAGAUCGACCGGACAGUAUUGAUCUGGUGGGUACAUUACGAUCUGUACCGACCCAAGAGUCGUACAUGUCACGCUCUGCGCGACACUCAGGUCUUAUGAUGAAUAGUACCAUUUCUUCCAAUUCAACAACAAUGGUAUCAUCACGAAUUGCAUCACCUUCAAGUUCAUCUCGAAGCUAUGAAAGUACCGAUCGAAACAUGUUUAAUAGUUCGAAAUUUACAGAGCGUGAAGAUAUGUCAAGUCGAUCGUACAGAAGCGACUUAUCUCAUAGUCAGUAUGAUGACGAUGACAAGAUGGCAUUGAGUGAAAAAGCUGCAACUCCAAUGACUUCAUCUAGUCCGAAAGAAACUCUCGUUCGUGGUUCUGUGGAAUUUUAA